GCAGUGGUGUUGCAUCAGCCGUACCGGUUAGAUGUGCGUAGUUACGCUUAGAUAUUUUUGGACAAUCUUCGGUGUUUUUACACCGAUUUCUUCAGUUUAUCAGUAUUUUUAACGAACGUACAACUCCGUGGCUUGUACCCAAACCACGGUUUAGGACCUGUGUCACGAUUCCUAAAGACUUAGAAUGGCGUAUGGACUAGCUUGAAACGGUCCUUUGAGCCAUAUAUGCACCAACCAGAUAGAAUGAUGCAACAGCGCUGAUAGCGCCCUCCCCGAACGCAGUCUAUACAUUCUACAGGAUCUGACGAUCCAAUCGGAUUAUUUGCUAGACGUCAAUUCGUCAAUUUGCGCGAUUGUUUAUUGUGUUGCUAAAUUAGGGUUAGGCUAACAUUUCGUAAGAUUAAACGAGAUAUUUAAAAAAAGAAAAUGUCUUAUAAAUUGUUAACAAAUGUUCAUAAAGAUAUACCUGUGCCAGACAAUGGUCAAACAUUUUUGAUAAAAGGAAAUUAUGAAUAUUGGCAUCAUUGCUGUGAUACUUUCAAUGACAGAGGUUGGGGAUGUGGAUAUAGAACAUUGCAAACUAUUUGUUCCUGGUUUAUACAUAAUAAGCAUAUGGUUAAUGACGACAAGAUAGUUCCAACUGUCAAUAAAAUCCAAAGAAUUAUUGAUGAAGUGGGAGACAAAACCAGUACAUUUGUUGAAACAAGAAAUUGGAUAGGAACUUUUGAAGCAUUUCUUGUUCUGAAUCAUCUGUAUAACGCCUCUUGCAAAAUAAUUCAUAUUUGGAAGGGUAUAGAAGCGUUAAAAGCACAAACAGAUACAAUUAAAAACCAUUUCACAGAGUUUGGCAGUCCCAUUAUGAUGGGUGGAGAUAAAGAUAUCUCUAGCAAAUGUAUAGUAGGAAUACAUUUUGGAGAUGUAUGUACAUACUUGUUAAUAGUUGAUCCGCAUUUUGUUGGAAAAGCAGAAACUGUAGAAGAUUUGAAGAAAAGAAAUUGGGUGAAGUGGCAAAAUUUGGAUGAUUUCGACGAUAGUUCGUUUUAUAAUCUGUGUUUGCCACAAGUAAAAUGUGAUAUAACGAAAUAAUUUUAUAUUAUUUAUAUAAAUUUUAAUAAAAUACACAAUAAGAUUUUUCACAUUCACAGUGUAAGAUGUUUC